AUGGGCGAGGUGACGGCGGAGCAGGUGGAGAAGUUCCUGGACUCGAAUAUCAUGUUUGCCAAACAGUACUACAACCUCCGCUACCGGGCCAAGGUCAUCUCAGACCUGCUGGGGGCCAAGGAGGCAGCCGUGGACUUCAGCAACUACCACUCGCUGAGCAGCGUGGAGGAGAGUGAAAUCAUCUUCGACCUCCUGCGGGACUUCCAGGAAAAUCUGCAGACGGAGAGAUGCAUCUUCAACGUCAUGAAGAAGCUGUGCUUCCUCCUGCGGGCAGACCGCAUGAGCCUGUUCAUGUACAGGGCCCGAAAUGGCAUCGCAGAGCUAGCCACCCGGCUCUUCAACGUCCACAAGGAUGCUGUUCUUGAGGAAUGCCUGGUGGUGCCCGACUCGGAGAUUGUGUUCCCCCUGGACAUGGGUGUGGUGGGUCACGUCGCGUACUCUAAAAAGGUCACCAACGUCCUCAACACAGAAGAGGAUGAGCAUUUCUGUGACUUCGUGGACACCCUCACAGAGUACCAGACCAAGAACAUCUUGGCUUCCCCCAUAAUGAAUGGGAAGGAUGUGGUGGCCAUAAUCAUGGCUGUGAAUAAAGUGGACGGGCCCCACUUCACCAAGACAGAUGAGGAGAUUCUUCUCAAGUACCUCAAUUUUGCAAAUCUAAUCAUGAAGGUAUACCACCUGAGUUACCUGCACAACUGUGAGACUCGGCGUGGCCAGAAACUUUGA